AUGAUCGUUUUAAACAAAAGAGAGACGACACCAGCUGCCAAAAUGGAGUCACCAUCCAAAAUCCCCCUCCAAGAACUUUCUAGUAAUGCGUCUCCACCUUCGUCAGCCAGUGGAGAAAUUUUCAAACGUCUUUCAGUAUCACCUAAUAGAAAUCGUAAACUCCUGGAGAAGCCUGCUGCCAGGUUAUCACCACAACAAAGAGUUCAAACCCCAAAGAGGUUGCCUUCACCUGAUAUACUUGGGCCCAAUUUAAGCCUUGAUAGAUACGAGCGUCAGAAAUCCAGUGUUGUGAAGAUAAACGAAAUAGUUUUCCCAAAUUCGCCUACAAAGGCAUCUGGAGCGUUAAGGAAUGUACCAGUCCUUGGAGGUGACGGGUCACUAUCGAGGAUAAGAAACAGAUUCAAGAUCAACAACGCGAGUCCGGUGAAAGCGAAUCUACUUGACAAGUUAAACAAAGAAGAAACGGAAACCGACACCGCUAAGAGGAAAAGGAAAACUGACACACCUAACGCCAUGAAAGGGUCCAGAGUAGAAAAAAAUGAAAGACGGACGAGGUCCAAAUCAGUGAUGUUCAAGCUACCUGAAGAUCGGAUUAUAUCUAUUGAACUAAACGAAAUGAGGAAAUUAAACGAGGCGUUAAUCGCUCGAAUAGAAGAACUAGAGCAAAGAAUGGCUAGACUAGAAGAUAGAUUACCAUGA